AGAAAAAUGAAGAGAGUGACGAUUCUGAAAAGAAAAUGGAGCAAGAAGAUGAAAAGGGUUUAGACAAAGAGGCUCAGGCUGAAAAGUUCGACCAAGAGAAGAAGGGAAAAGAAGAAGAAGAAGCUCAAGGAAAUGAAAAGAUGAAUGAACAGUAUCAGGUUGAAGAGAUAGAACAAGAAAAAAAGGAAAAUGAAGAAGAAAAAGAGUCGGAAGAUGCCCAAGACUCUAUGGCUAAGGAAAAUGAAGAAGAAAAAGAGUCGGAAGAUGCUCAAGACUCUAUGGCUAAGGGUCAUGAAGUCGAAAAUGUAUGUACAUUGCAGACAAGUGAAGAGAUUGGAGAGGUUGAUCAGACGGUUGAACCAGGACUGAACAUUGUUGAUGACUCUAUUGGCUUAGGGGAAUCAGAGGUAACCUAUAAGUAAUCGACCAAAUUAUGAUCGACUACUUACGUUAGUAAUCGACCAAAUUAUGAUCAUGAAUACUUACGUUACUAUUUUUCAUAUAGGAAAAUGAUAAAUUGAUUACAGAGGUUCAUCAGUAUCAGUGUGAGGAAAUAGAAAAAGAAAAAGAG